GGACGGAGAUUACAAGACUAGUCACACCCAUCACAACCCCUUACACUUCUCUCUUUCUCGCCAUUGCAUUCUGCAUUGAUUGAGAGAGUAGGUAAGGAAAGAGUGAUCGAUAUAGCUCAAAAUAGAGAAGAUGGGAGAGAGUGCUGGAGCCAAGAACCACCACCACCAAGUCACUGACUUCUCCAUAGAAGUGCAGCACCAAGGUCCUUCCAAAUGCUUCGACGAUGAUGGCCGAAUCAAAAGAACAGGAAACAUUUGGACUGCAAGUGCCCACAUAAUAACAGCUGUGAUUGGCUCUGGUGUGCUGUCCCUGGCAUGGGCCAUCGCCCAGCUGGGAUGGAUAGCCGGGCCUGCUGUCAUGUUCCUGUUCUCCUUUGUAAUCUACUACACUUCCGCCCUCCUCGCCGAUUGCUACCGGUCGGGCGAUCCUGUCACUGGCAAGAGAAACUACACUUACAUGGACGCUGUUCGGGCCAACCUUGGUGGAGCUAAGGUUAAGAUAUGUGGUUUGAUCCAAUACCUCAAUCUGUUUGGUGUGGCCAUUGGUUACACGAUCGCAGCAUCGAUCAGCAUGAUGGCGAUCAAACGGUCCAACUGCUUCCACCAGAGCAGAGGAAAGGACCCAUGCCACAUGUCAAGCAAUCCUUACAUGAUCAUGUUCGGCAUCUCUGAAAUCAUCUUCUCUCAAAUCCCCGACUUCGACCAGAUUUGGUGGCUCUCCAUUGUUGCGGCUAUUAUGUCCUUCACCUACUCAUCCAUCGGCCUAGCUCUCGGAAUUGCCCAAGUCGCAGCUAACGGGAGCUUCAAAGGCAGCAUGACUGGAAUAGGCAUCGGUGCAGUCACCCAAACUCAAAAGAUUUGGAGGAGCUUCCAAGCCUUCGGUGACAUUGCAUUCGCUUACUCUUAUUCAAUAAUCCUCAUCGAGAUACAGGACACCAUCAAAUCCCCACCUUCCGAGUCCAAAACCAUGAAGAAGGCGACCCUCGUCAGCGUCGCCGUCACAACAGCCUUCUACAUGCUCUGUGGCUGCAUGGGCUACGCCGCGUUUGGUGACCAUGCACCCGGCAACCUCCUCACCGGCUUCGGCUUCUACAACCCCUUCUGGCUGCUCGAUAUCGCCAAUGCAGCAAUCGUCAUCCACCUUGUUGGUGCCUAUCAGGUCUACUGCCAGCCCCUGUUCGCAUUCAUAGAGAAGUGGGCCAUCCAAAGAUGGCCCAAGAGCGAAUUCAUCACAAGAGAUAUCCCGGUCCCAAUCCCCGGUUUCCGCCCUUUCAAACUCAAUCUCUUCCGUCUGGUGUGGCGGUCUGCCUUCGUUGUGGCCACCACAGUCAUCUCCAUGCUCCUCCCAUUCUUCAACGAUGUCGUCGGCAUCCUCGGGGCGUUCGGGUUCUGGCCACUCACUGUCUACUUCCCAGUAGAGAUGUACAUUGCCCAGAAGAAAAUACCCAAGUGGAGUACUAGGUGGGUGUGUCUCCAGAUCCUCAGCUUGGCCUGCCUCGCCAUCUCGUUGGCUGCUGCGGUGGGGUCCGUUGCAGGUGUGAUCCUUGAUUUGAAGACGUAUCGACCAUUCAAGACCAGCUACUGAUCACAGCUUCCGUUGCAUGCUAUAUGCGAAGAAGAUAGAAGAAAGAAAUACAUAAAUUCCCGCCAAUUGUCUAUAACAACCUUAGAUUGUCUUUGUUGUUGUCGUUGUUGUUUUCGUUGUUGUUGCUUCAAAUGCAAAAAAGAGAGUGGAUUCUGUACGUUGAAUUCGAAUAUAUGAAUAUGGAUCUUCUCUCCCCUUGUUAUUAUGGUUGUUGUUGCCGUUUUCAUACAUGAUUUCUACAAGGAUUGUUAAUUCA